GGUAGGGUUUCUAGACUACCAAGCUUUCUACUUCUUCCUUAAAAACCCAGCACAAUGCAUGCUAUUAAGGGCGGAUGGGUUGGGCAAACAUUUGCUCUUGCUAAGUGCAAUGAUUCUGGAGGCAGGAAGUCACGUGUUCGGCGGUCAAAAGAGGAGAGGAAGGCAAUGGUUGAGUCUUUCAUAAAAAAAUAUCAGAAGUCAAACAACGGGAGUUUCCCAUCACUCAAUCUCACACACAAAGAAGUUGGUGGGUCUUUCUAUACAGUCCGGGAAAUUGUCCGAGAGAUAAUCCAAGAAAACAGAGUGUUGGGUCCAGCCAAGAUUUCUCCAGACGAGCAACAGAACAAUGAUAUAUUUUUUGAACAAUAUCCAUUGGGAUCUAUUUCCUUGGAACCUCAAACACAUUUGGCCUCAUCAAAUGAGAUCAAUAUAGCUCAUAUUGUACCCAGUCAUCAUCAAAGUGCACGUGAGGAGGUUCUAAAUUCUACGAUGCAGUCUCCUGGAACUGAGUAUCAGCAGUUUGAAAAUGAACAAUUUGUUAAUGGGAACAGUCCGACAAUUGAAAGAAUUGAAGAAUCUGAUGAAUCAUUUGAAACUCAUGUACCCAAUUAUCAGCAAGGUAAUCAUCAUAGUGCAUGUGAGGAGCAGGUUCUAAAUUCUACGAUGCAGUCUCCUGGAAUCACGUAUCAGCAGUUUGAAAAUGAACAAUUUGUUGAUGGGAACAGUACAACAGUUGUAAGAAUUGAAGAAUCUGAUGAAUCAUUUGUAACUCAUGUACCCAGUUAUCAGCAAGGUAAAAGUGAAGAACAUAAUUUAUAUGCUAAUGGGAAGUUUCCUGAACCUGAGUAUCAGAGUUCUGAGAAUGGACAAAAUAGUACUAGUCAGGCAGUGGAAGAAAUGGAAGAAUCUGAUGAGCCAAUAGAUACAGAGUCAGAAGUAAGAGAAAGUUUGGAUGGAGAGGAAAUUGAAGCAAAAGAACUAGAAACAUCCAAACCUAGAAUGACUCAUCCUAUAGCAGAUGUAGUGGUAGAGACAUUUCCACUAAGGCCUGUUUCUAACGCAAUUAAUGGCUGGAACGGAAAAUCAGGUGAGCCACAGGAUGCAAGUGGAACUUUGAAAGAGAAGGAUACUCAAACCAUGAAACUGGAAGCAAGAAACAGCAAACCAAAUGAAAUGAACUUUGUAGAGGACUCUUAUGGUUUGAUUGAUGAGAAAGCUACUGCAAACCAAGCAGGUACACUUUUGGAACAGAAUAGUGGAUUGAUGGAUGAGAAAGCAACGAUUGACAUUGGAGACUCAUCGUUGGAAAGUCCAACUUGCCCUUCAAUUAAAGGAAGCAUUGUGGUUGAUAGUAACGAUGGCACAAACCUUGAAGUCAAGGAUGCUUCACCCAGUAGAAUUAUGCCUGUGAAUACUCCAAAAAGCAUCUCUGCUGAAACUCUCAACAGCACUAGCAACAUCAGUUCUCACGGGCACUCAAUUUCUGAAGAGGCAAUUUUGAUUAAAAACAAACUUGAUAUUCAACAUGGUGGCAGCUCCCAGGGAGGAAGCAGCGUAACUUUUGACAGAAUCAAUCUUGAAUCCUGGGAAGGGAAAUCUGUGAAAUCUUUGGGACCUGAAACUAAUCCGCUGUUGGCAUUAUUUAAAGCAUUUGUUGCUGCCUUUGUGAAGUUUUGGUCUGAGUAACAUCUUUGUGUAUUUUACUUUGAUUUCUGUAUCUGAACGCGAAUGAAGAGUCCUGUACCUGCCAAACCAGCGUUUUUUUCUGCAGAUUCAAGAACUGGUUUUCAAUAAAUUUUGGUUUCAAAUGCAGCAUGAUUGUACUUAUACUGGUAGGAUGGUGGAUUUUGUGUAAUUGGUAUCAUUAAGAACCCAUGAUGGACAGCUGAAUCGUGUGUUUCUGGAAUCUCCCACGCGACUAAGCGCAGGGCGUGGGAUGAAUUAGUUGGUUGGAUUUAUAUUCUUGGAAUUUUUUUUUUCCCAGAAAGUAUUUGUAUUGGAAUUUCAUUUUUUGAAGCAUCUGCAACAAUUUUUUGGAGUUGAGAUGAAGCUGUAUGAGAUUAUUGAAAACCUUGGGAG